AUGUCGCCAGACGGCCCUCCUGGAGGGUCGUCACGCCGCCCUCCUGGAUUCACAGAGCGAGUAUCUGCAGUCAUGGCUUCUGCUGAGCUAUCCUCAAAGUCGCAAUGGAUUAACGAUGAUGUUCGGCCCGUGGAGAAGGAGAGGAGGACAUGGAAGCUCCGCUCCUUUCACGAUUAUUGGCUUGUCAUUAACUGCAACACGACGACGUUCAUAACUGGGAGUGCACUCAUUCCCCUGGGUCUUGCUUGGUGGCAGGCCGUCAUUUGCAUCGUCGUGGGAAAUCUCAUAGCUUUAGCUGCAGUCCUUGCCAAUUCCAUGGCGGGAUCUCGAUAUCACAUCGGAUUUCCUGUAAUUAGUAGAUCGAUAUGGGGGAUGUGGGGGUCCCAAUUCACCAUCUGGAACCGCAUAUUCCUUUCUAUCGUUUGGUCAGUUUUCCUGUGA